AUGGCCGGGACUCUGGUGUGCCAGGGGUCGGAGCCUUUCGCACCGCUGCGAAACGAAGAUUCCGACGACGAGUCGAAGAGGAAGGUUCUGAAGGCAAGCGUGGAUGUGGUCCCCCUCCCCAUUCCGGACAUCCACGACAAGUGGCAAAAGGUUGCAUCAGAUGCGUUCAUGGCGAUGUGGUGUACCAUUCCGGGCGCUUCGGUCCUUGCGACUGGCUACAUGGUCAGGCACUACUUGAUACGCCGGUGGCGCCUGAUCUUCCCGAAGGAGCAAACCUUGGGAAAGAG